AUGUCCUUUAAUUUUGACUGGAAUUCAUUAUCAAAUAAUUUUUUACUUAUAAAUGAUUUCAAAUCAACUUUAAAUAAUCUAUUAAAUGAUUCAUUUAAUAAUAUUAGUUUUCAAAAUAUUGAUUUAAUCUCAAUAUUUAAAGACAAAAAAUUUCAAAUUGAAAAUAUAUCCUUUGGUUCAAUUAACCCUUGUCUAAAUUUAAAUUCAAUAGAUUUCCAAAUCAAUCAAAAUCACUUACUAACCCUUGAUUUUAAUUUGAUUUAUAACGGUGAUGCAAAUUUGUCUUUAUUAUCUUCUGUGGAAUCAAACCCAUUAAAUUCAAUCACUUUUAAUACUUUAUGUAAAUAUGAAAAUCAUCAUUAUUUGUUCAAUAACCAAUUAAAUGAUUUCAUAUUGCCAAAUUUCCCAUUAGCAUCUCAAUCUUCAAUGAUUCCCUUUUUACUCUCUUUAUCAAAUCUAUCCAUCUAUUUACAAUUUAAAAUUGUUUUAACUAAUAAAAAUGGUGUUAUUAUUUUAUUUGACGACCAGUUAACCAAUAUCGACCUAAAAAUAAGUUCUUCCUUGGAUGAGUUUUAUAAAAUUCUUUAUGAUUUGUAUAAUACGAAAAGUUAUCUCUAUUUAAAUCAAAUUAAUGAAAAUGAAAUCACUCUAUUCAUUAAACAAGAAUUAAUUAACGGUUUUAAAAUGUCAAUCAAAAACGAUUUACCAAGAUUGAUUAAUUAUACGUCUUUAAAAUUCUUACAAGAUGCAAAUUUAAAUUUAAACGAUUUAAUCAAUAUUGAAGAAAAUUUCAAGCUAGAUAAUCAAAAUUUAGUUGAAACUUUUAAUAAUCAUUUAAAUGAUUUUUUAACUCUCAAUAAAAAUAGAAUUAGCAAUAGCAAUAGCAAUAGCAAUAGCAAUAGCAAUAACAGUAACAGUAAUGAAGAUAACAAUAACAGCAUUGCUACUAUUGGUAAAAACCAUGAAAAUUCCCCUUAUUACUUAUUUAAUAGAUGCUAUUCAAAAUUUAAAAAUUUUGUUCUAUCUCCCUUUUAUGAUACAUAUAAUUUUUUUGAAGAGAAACUCACUUUUUUUAAACAAAAUUCUUUGUCAAGAUUUUUAACUACAGUUGAUAAUUCAUUUAGCACUUUAUCCACUUCGAAACCUUUAGACAGUCUUAAUUUACAGCUCAAACCUGAUCUAAUCAAUAGAAUGGUUGUUGAUUUGAAAAAAGCUGAUACUAAUCAGAUCGAUAAUACUAAUCAAAUUGAUAUUGAUAGUGAAAGUAUUAGAAAACCACGUCAAAAUCGAGUAAUAAGAUUGGGAUCAAAUAAAUCGAUGGAAAAAUCCCAAAAAAAAUCAAAAACAAAGAAAAAAGGAAAUAUUUGUAAUGAUCAAUACCUACCAUUGACCAGACAUAAUUUAAUGAUGAUGUCGGGGGAAAAUUACGGAAUGAAUAACACUUUUGAAAGUUCAACUGUUUUAUAUACAGACUCAGAGUCUAAUAAUAAUUUAAACUCUGAAAACCUAUUCAAUAGUGAUAACAAUUAUUUAAAAAAAAAUUGUUACCUCAAUGUUGAAAAUCCCUUGUUGAAAAAUAAAAUCAGAACAAAAUCUUCAAAUUAUCAAUCCUUUUAA